GCGCAAACCAUAAAUGUUUGGCGGAGCGGCUGGGAGCCGGCAGUCGCUGCAGCCGAGCGGGAGCCGGCCGGAGCAAGGUGCCGAGCGGAGCCGCGCCGUCCGGGGCGCACGGAGCCGGAGUCGGGGCCGGAGCCAUGUCCCGGCGGAACCAGAUCAGACCCUGUGUACGGUAUCUGCCAGUGCCCAUGGAAAAUAACUUCUUUAACAUUUCAAUGGAUAAAAAAUGAAAUAUAACUGCUCUCUAACGCCCCUUCAAGUCAAAGAAAAUGCUGAAGAUGUUUUCAAAGCUCCAAGCACUUGCUCUGAUUCUAAUUUCCAAAGGAUUUUUCUUUUUUUCUCAUGGUGAAAGCAAUUUUGGCAAGAAAGAAAUCAAAAUUGAGGGGGAUCUGGUGUUGGGAGGGCUGUUUCCCAUACACGAGAAAGGCUCAGGAACAGAAGAGUGUGGCAGGGUGAAUGAAGAUCGAGGGAUCCAACGCCUGGAAGCCAUGCUGUUUGCCAUCGAUGCAAUAAAUCACAACACUUACCUGCUGCCAGGUGUGAAGCUCGGAGUUCACAUAUUGGAUACGUGCUCAAGAGACACAUAUGCCCUGGAGCAAUCACUGGAAUUUGUAAGAGCUUCCUUGACAAAAGUAGACGAAACAGAAUAUAUUUGUCCAGAUGGAUCAUAUGCAAUUCAGGACAAUAAUCCUUUAGCUAUUGCAGGUGUGAUUGGGGGCUCAUACAGUAGUGUCUCCAUACAGGUUGCAAACUUGCUAAGACUCUUCCAGAUUCCGCAGAUCAGCUAUGCUUCAACGAGCGCAAAACUCAGUGACAAAAGCCGCUACGAUUACUUUGCAAGAACAGUCCCUCCCGAUUUUUAUCAAGCAAAAGCCAUGGCAGAAAUCUUGCAGUUCUUCAACUGGACCUAUGUGUCCACAGUUGCUUCAGAGGGUGAUUACGGAGAGACAGGAAUUGAAGCCUUUGAGCAUGAAGCAAGGCUUCGAAAUAUUUGCAUUGCUACAUCGGAGAAAGUUGGCCGUUCGACCACAAAGAAAACCUACGAUGGCGUCAUCCAAGAACUUCUCAACAAAGCCAACGCAAACAUCGUCGUGCUCUUCACCCGUGGUGACGACGCAAAGGAGCUUCUCGCCGCUGCCAAUCGGUUGAAUGCUUCAGGAUUCACCUGGAUUGCCAGCGAUGGGUGGGGAGCUCAAGAAAUCGUUGUCAAGGGAAACGAGCAGGUUGCCAACGGCGCAAUAACCCUGGAGCUUGCUUCAUACCCCAUCAAGGAGUUUGACAAGUACUUUCACAGCCUCCAUCCCCAUACCAACAAGCGCAACCCUUGGUUUAAGGCGUUUUGGCAACAGAAGUUUCACUGCCUGCUCCAGAGUGGCCGAUCGCGUCAAAAGUUGUGUGACAAGCGGCUCUCGAUCAACAGCUCCAACUAUGAGCAAGAGACCAAAAUUAUGUUUGUGGUCAAUGCGGUGUACUCACUGGCACACGCCAUACACAAGAUGCAACGAAUGUUAUGUCCAAACACCACCAAACUCUGCGAUGCUAUUUUGCCACUGGAUGGGAAGAAAUUGUACAAAGAAUACCUACUGAAAACUAACUUCAGCGCCCCUUUCCACCCCCCGGGCGACGUGGACAGCGAGGUCAAGUUUGAUGAAAAUGGAGAUGGUAUCGGCCGAUACAACGUGUUCAACUUCCAGAAGGUGGCAGGCAAGUACGCUUACAUCAGGGUGGGCCAGUGGGCUACGACUCUGUCCCUGAACACAGACCUGAUACACUGGCCCAAGCGCUACAUCCCCACCUCGCAGUGCAGUGAUCCGUGCGCCCGGAAUGAGGUCAAGAACAUGCAACCCGGAGAUGUCUGCUGCUGGAUCUGCGUCCCCUGUGAUCCCUACGCCUACCUGGAGGACGAGUUCACCUGCAAGGACUGUGGUCCUGGUCGGUGGCCGAACGAGGAUCUGACAGGCUGCUAUGACUUGCCGGAGGAGUACAUCAGAUGGGGGGAUGGGUGGGCCAUUGGGCCAAUCACCAUCUCAUGCGCUGGGAUUGUUACCACCCUCAUGGUUGCCUCCGUCUUUGUAAAGCACAACAACACACCUCUAAUCAAAGCUUCAGGCCGUGAACUCUGCUAUAUUUUGCUCUUUGGAGUCUUCUUUUCCUACUGUAUGACAUUUUUCUUCAUUGCUAAACCCUCGCGCGCAAUAUGCACCCUGCGUCGUCUGGGACUGGGCACGUGUUUCGCUGUGUGCUACUCUGCACUGCUCACCAAAACCAAUCGUAUUGCCAGGAUAUUUAACGGUGUGAAGGAAGGCACCCAGAGACCAAGGUUUAUCAGUCCCAGCUCUCAAGUGUUCAUCUGCCUGAGUCUGAUCCUGGUUCAGAUUAUUAUGGUGUCAGUGUGGCUCGUGUUAGAGGCUCCAGGUACCAGGCGGUACACUGUUCCUGAAAGAAGAGAGACUGUUAUUCUGAAAUGUAAUGUGAAAGACUCCAGUAUGUUAAUGUCACUGACAUAUGAUGUGGUACUGGUGAUCCUCUGUACGGUCUAUGCCUUUAAAACAAGAAAAUGUCCUGAAAAUUUCAAUGAAGCAAAAUUUAUUGGAUUUACCAUGUACACGACCUGCAUCAUAUGGCUUGCCUUUCUUCCUAUAUUUUAUGUGACUUCCAGCGAUUAUAGGGUUCAGACCACUACAAUGUGUAUCUCAGUCAGCCUGAGCGGCUUUGUGGUGCUGGGCUGUCUCUUUGCACCCAAGGUCCACAUUAUUGUGUUCCAACCACAGAAGAACGUAACGAGCCACAGACUCACCAUGAACAGGUUCAGUGUCAGUGGGACUGUCACCAGUCACUCUCACUGACACUUGGAGUAACCUGCCCCGAUACUGUUGCUUUUCAGCAUCUGCCAGCGCUCACUACGUCCCUGCUGUCUGCAACGGACGGGAAAUUCUGGACUCCACCACUUCAUCUUUAUGAAGCCGGUAUCCAAUCCAACACUCCGUCUCCUGUCAGAAUCACACAGGUGACACACCCUGGGUACAGUAACUUUUGUAGAGACAGUGUAUUAAGAUAUUUUUAAGGGCUGUAAGUAACUAAACUAUAGUUGGGUUUUCUGGUUAAUAUUUUAUCCUGUACAUAACUUAUUUACAUAAAUUGUUAUAAACGGUUUACUUAAGGCAGGCACUGUAUGAAAAUAUGACCAACUGACUAUUCUAACGUUUUGAGGUUCUACAGCCGUACGUGAUGUAUUUACACUAGAUUGCAUAGUAAUUUUUAUGUUGUAUAUAGUUACAAUACGUAACAUGGUUUUAACAGCACAAAAAUGAAAACUUUAAUGUAAAAUAAACUGAAUAAAAAUCUCUGACCUCUGA